AUGUCGUCUUCAUUUUGUCAGCUAUCCAAGCGCGUGCUGCAGUAUCUUCGACAUGAGCAUCCACAUCGUCUAUUUCCCUCCAUCGGUCGAAGACGCAAACUCCCAGGCAUAAACCUCGACGGAAGAUCUCAGCGGUUGUGCCUCAUUGGCCACGUGUUCACGCACAUCCCGUUGAAGACGAAAAGCUUCUUUGCUGGCAUCAUGCGCUUCCAGACGUUGUUGCUCGUCCUUGUCGCACUAGUCAUCGCCCCGUUUCAGGCCCUGUCUCCACCCAGCGAGUCCAACGUGCCGUUCACUCUUCGGUACGUCCCGGGCUUCUUUAAACAAGGUACCCCGUCCGUGGAGAUUCCACCUUCAAAUUCAAGGCAUCUCGGGCUACUUGACAACGUCACGUGGACGGAUGUAGACGCCUACAUUGCUGCACGAGCCGCUCAAGGCGUGGACGUCAAGUUGUUCCUCUUCUUACGUCAUGGAGAAGGCCUCCACAACGUCGCCGAAGCCACUUACGGCACCGAAGCCUGGGACAGAUUCUACAGCAAACUAGCGAAAUAUACUGACGCCAAGUUGACGAAACUUGGGAUGCAACAGGCUGUCAAAGCGUCGGAAAGGAUCGACGAGGAGCUUAAGAGAGGACUGAGCCUGGAGGAAGUCGUGGUUUCCCCGUUGGAGCGUACACUACAUACGGCAAUGAUCGCGUGCCAGAAUCACCACGAGAUCCCGAAGCGGUCGAUGGAAUGGCCCCGCGAGACCAUCGGCGUCUGCACGUGCGACUUACGCGGCACCAUCUCCGCCAAGGCCGAGCUGUACCCAAGUAUCGACUUCAGUGAUAUCUGGAGUGAUGCAGACCCGUGGUGGACGCCUGAUCAUCGUGAGACCGAGCUGCACAUCAACGACCGCGCUCGCAUCUUCCUGAACCGCGUCUUCUACGGUCACAAGUCAGUGCGUGUUGGUGUGGUGACGCACAGUGGACUAACCACCGCCGCGAUGCGUGUCAUUGGCCAUCGUAAGUACAGUGUUGCGACGGCGGAAGUGAUACCGUUCCUGCUUGAAGACACCACGGUGCACACGAUCCUGUCGAUCUUCUCUGGUAAAGAAGACAUGUAG